AUGAGCGACCGACCGCGACGCGACACGAGCCGCAGCCGCAGCCGGCGCAGGAGCAGAAGCGCGAGCCGACGCCGCCGUCGUCAUCGUCUUCAUGAGCACUGCCACGAGCGGACGUACGAGUCGGAUCAAGAGCUGGCGGGAGCAGCCGACGGAUCGGAGCAGCUGAAGCUCGCGAACCGAGAGCACGUCGCCGCUCGAGCGCGUAUGUGGACGGUCGUGGACUCGGACAGGAGCGGCUCUGACGCUGAGAGCGAUGCGGCAACGACGACGAAGACGAAGAAGAAGAAAAGGCGGAGGAGGGAGACGUCAUCGCAUGGUCGGGACCGCCGUCGUCGUCGGGACCGCUCGUCGUCCGCGUCUUCGGCAGCUGAGUCGAAGAGCUCCGAUAGCUCUGACAGCUCUGAUACUUCGGAGGACGAGCGAGUGCAGCGGAAGCGACGGCACAAGUCGAGAAGAUCAAAAGAUGACAAGAAGAAGAAGAAAAAGAAGGAGAAGAAGGAGAAGAAGAGGAAGAAGGAUGGAGGUAGGAAGCUCGCGGUGGACCAGGACGAGUACGGCAAGUACGGCAUCUUGCGCGAGUCCGACUUCCAUCGCAAGAGCGUGUCGUUUCACGCGUGGCUUCGCGAUGUGAAGAAAAUGGGCGCGUUCAAUGGGCCCAAGUGGGAGGCCAUGGAGCUCUUUAAGGAGUACAUGGAGGACUACAACACGUGCACAAUGCCGCACAAGAAGUACUACGAUAUCGAGAAGUACGAGAUGGAGCAGUACCAGAAGCAGCAGCGCAAAGCGUUUGACAAGCAGAAAAAAGCGUCUUCGGUCAAGGCACUGGAUGCGGUAGCCGAUGAAGAGCGCGUGCGCCGUGAGCGUCUGGAUGCGCGCGGGAAAAAAGAGCAAGAGGAGUUUCGUCUUGUGCUGCAGCUCAUGGAUAAGGACAAGAUCGAGGCCAUGCGCGAGCAGGAGCGCCUUCGGUCGCAGAUGCAACUGAUGUACAAGUCGGGUAACGUCGGAGAGGCUCGUCGUCUCGAGCAGAUUCUCAACAAGGUGGAGGAGGAUCCGCGCUUCAAGCGCUGA